CAAAGGUAUUCGUCCGAGGCCCGGUCAGGUUGAGUCGAAACGAAGCACUUUGACGAAGUGAACCUGCUUCAAGUUCCCUGCCAGUGCAACGCGCAAAUGAUUUCAGCUCUGGAGUUCUGAGCAAGGCGACUGACAGUGACAUUGUCAUCAUUGUCGGGUGUUCAAUCACCAGCCACUGGAACAUUGAUCUCUUGCGCCCUGGCUCGCACAUUGGCUCUGGUUUACCCUGUGAGGUCGCUACGAGCAACCAUUGUUGAUCUGCCGGGAAACUUCGUCUACCCAAAGAAGUCUGAUCGGCGUGGUCAAAGGAACCACAGUUGCUUAAGAGGUGCCCGGACUUUGAGAAGAUGACGCGCUCUGUGGCGAUUAUCAUGGUUGGGGGGCCAACGAAAGGCACCCGCUUCCGGCCCCUCUCCUUCAAUGUCGCCAAGCCCAUCUUCCCACUGGCUGGCCAACCCAUGGUGCAUCAUCCCAUCCAGGCCUGUAAAAAGGUCCCCGACCUGGUGCACAUCUACCUGGUGGGCUUCUACGAGGAGAAGGAGUUCCAGCUCUACGUGUCUGCGCUCUCCACUGAGCUCAAGGUGCCCGUCAGAUACUUGAAGGAGGACAAGGCGCGCGGCUCCGCAGGGGGGCUCAGCCACUUCAAGGACAUCAUCAUGGAAGAUGACCCAGACAUGCUGUUUGUUCUCAACUGCGAUGUCUGCUGCAGCUUCCCCCUCGCAGAGCUGCAAGAGGCGCAGCGCGCGCGCGGGGGCCUGGGCACGAUCCUGGUGAAGAAGGUGUCCAAGGAGAAGGCGGCCGAGUUUGGGGAGCUGGUGGCGGACCCGCAGACCAAGGAGCUGCUGCACUACACGGAGAAGCCCGAGACGUUUGUGAGCGACCUCAUCAACUGCGGCGUGUACGUCUUCUCGUCCAGCCUCUUCGACCACAUCAGCUCCGUCUCCACCUUCAAGAGGGACACCGCGAGCUUGAAGCGCGCUUCCAGCUUCGAGGUCCUCGCCACUGCCAGCACCACCAGGGGCUCGGCAGCGGAGUUCAUCCGGCUGGACCAAGACGUGCUGACGCCGCUGGCGGGCAAGCGCCAGCUGUACGUGUACGAGACGCUCGACUUCUGGGAGCAGAUCAAGACGCCCGGCAUGGCGCUGCGGUGCUCCGGGCUGUACCUGGCGCAGUACCGCCGCACAAACCCCGGCCUGCUGGCCUCAGGAGACGGCCCGGGCAAGGCCGCCAUCGUCGGCGACGUCUACGUGCACCCCUCGGCCAAGAUCCACCCCUCCGCCAAGCUGGGCCCCAACGUGGCGGUGGCGGCCAACGCGCGCAUCGGCGCGGGGGUGCGCCUCAUCAGCUGCAUCAUCCUGGACGACGUCGAAAUCAAGGAGAACGCGUGUGUGAUGCACUCCAUCGUCGGCUGGAAGUCCACCAUCGGCCGGUGGUCCCGCGUCCAAGGCGCUGGCGACUACGAGGCCAAGUUGGGGAUUACCAUCCUGGGCGAGGACAACGUGGUGGAGGACGAGGUGGUGGUGGUCAACUGCAUCGUGCUGCCGCACAAGUCGCUUUCACGCACGGUGCGCGAGGAGAUCAUCCUCUGACGCACCACCGCCACCGCCACAGCCACCCGCCUAUGCCAGCUACUCACCGUUGUCUUUCUCGCACGUGUUUACAACCCUCGUUGUUUCAGAUUGGAAACCAAAGCCCCUCGAUCGGUAUAGCCGACCUCGCUAGCGUUCAACGUUCUAGCUAUGAGUCUACUCAAGAGCGAGUAACCGAAGAUUGAAGCGGCAGGUUGCGGCAUGCUGCUAGCAUUGCAGAUGCAUGGGAACGUUGCUUAGCUCGAGAUUCGAGUCGUCUUGACACGAUCGGACUUUUCGGUGCUGAUGGAUUAUUGAGGAGAUUUGAGCUGUAAUUUUACACUCGACACAAGUGGUUACCUUAACUCAUCCGAUCCCAACAGCUAGACUCGCCUUGAACAGCUUCGUUUUGUUGAAGGACCUGGGACCACGUUCACUUAUUUCGUGAACUCGAUUAGCGGUCCCACAAUGCUGUGCAGACCGCGAUGCCGGUGCCGGGCGGCACAGCUAGCUACUCAAUGAAACUUGUACACGAACAUACUCCUCGUUUGAACUAAGGCAAUAAGACGCAAAUUAGCUGGUUCGGCCCGGCGGGACUCGC